GAAUAUGCCACCUCGUAUUGUGCUACUGUUCAGCGGUAAAAGGAAAUCGGGGAAAGACUUCCUGACUGAUCACUUGCAAAAACUACUCGGGGACAGAUGUGAAGUGAUAAAAAUCUCUCAACCAAUAAAGAGUCAUUGGGCAAGAGAAAAGAAUUUAAAUUUGAAUGAGCUGCUUAGUGACACCGAGUACAAAGAACAGUACAGAUUGGACAUGAUAAGGUGGAGCGAUGAGAUGAGGGAACAAGAUUAUGGAUGCUUUUGUCAUGCAGCUUGUCAGAAUGCUACGGAGAAACCCAUAUGGAUAGUUAGUGAUGUGCGUCGUAAAACAGAUAUACGUUGGUUCAAAGAGACAUACAAAGACCUAGUCAGAACAAUAAGGAUCACCGCAGACGAAGAAACAAGGAGGAAACGAGGCUAUCUGUUCCAAACAGGCAUUGAUGAUGUUCCAUCUGAAUGUGAUCUGGAUGAUUACAUGGAAUGGGAUUUAGUUAUAGAUAAUGGUAGAAAUAAACAGCAAUUGGAGGAGCAACUAGGUAGUAUAUUAGGAUUGCUCUCGCAUUUAUGAUUAUUUAUAUGGUUUGUGUUUACCCGUGGGUAAGAUCUUUUGGGGCGUAUUCAGUGUUGCAUGCUGAAUAUUGUGUUGGCGUUGGUCUUAUAGAUGAUUGUUUAUUCAAUCAAAGGAAAAUCAAAAGGCAACUAGAAAAAAGGAAAAAAAAAGAAACAUGUAGGCUUCUAACAUUUAAAAGCAAUUAUGAACUGUCAUAAUUCACUUCACUGGCAUAUACUGCACUGUGCUUCUGUAAUGGGUAGAAUUUAAAGCUGGUCCAUUAUUUCAUGUGAAAUGUCAAAUUAAGUACUUCAGACCUUUAAACUGGAUCUCACAAUUCAUGCUGCAAUUCAGACUGGCUUUGUCCCUAUUGCCAAUUGGACCCCUUCAAAUCAUUAUGAUAUUACUCAGCAAUGUUGCUUUGUAAUCAGGAAAAUAACACUCCAGUUUAAAUCUGAAAAUAGUUUCAUUUCCUAUGUGUAACAAUCGCGAAAACCUAAGAACUCGAUAACACUCCAGUUUUAAAUUUAAUUUAUCAGAAAUCUGUUUUAUAUGCCUUUUCCUCAUUAUAGGACAUGAGCACAAUAUAAAAUUAAGGAAAAUGCCACAUAUGUAGAACUUUUGUUAACAGGAUUACCUAUUUAUUAAAAUAAUUAUUUUAUUUAACAGAAAAUCAGGCAGUUAACACAGUUUUUAAACUUUUCUUCCUUAAUAAAUAAAAGUUAAGUUCAUUUGGUACAUAUUGAGAAAUGCUUUACGUCUCCAGUACAGUGUUCUUUUUUAACAGGAUGGGGAAAUCUGAAACCAUAACAGAUACUGGGAAACUGUGU